AAACUAUCGAAUGAUAUAACCUCAUAACCUUAGACGAAUUUUUCAAUCAGAUCUGUUCCCAACUUUGCUAGUGAAAGUUUAGUUUUAAGAAAAAAUAAAUAAAUAAAAAACAGCGAGAAUGGGCGGUGAUCAUCACGAUUUGGGAGAAAGGAUGAAAAUCCCGGAUUACAGGAUUUACAAAGUGGAAGAUCACCCGGAGCUAGUACAACAUAGGGAUCGCCUGGCUGCAAAGGGGUUGAAAGACCCAUGGUUGAGGAAUGAAGCCUGGCGGUUCAAUAAAGAAGAAUUCGGCACGCGUGGUGCAAAUUUAAGGACAAGGCUCUUUACAGGAUUCAGGCUGGGGGUUGGAGCUUUACUUCUUACUAUUGCUGUUGAAACUGCUUUUAAACAAUUUUCCAACAGUGACAAUUCCCAUGGGCACCAUUAAUUUAUGAAUGUGUCUUGAUUGUAGAAUGAGUUGAGUUGUAUUUAAAUAAAAUAAUAUAUAAUUACGUUUCAUUU